AUGUUUCAACAAUCAGGCGGCUUUUCAGGAUCGCGAGCACGAUAUGUGCCUAACGUUUCUGCUUCACGAGGUGUUUACCGAGGUUCAUAUGCUCGACCAUCAGCCCGAUAUGCUGCUCGACCUGUUCUACGACCAGUAGUUCCAGCUGGCCGAGCACCCGGUGGAUCUGGUAUGCUUGCAGCCAUUCUUGGACCCAUUGGAGGUCUUACCGGAUGUUUAUGUUGUCUCAAUACAAUCGGUGUUUGGGGUCUUUUCAUUACGGCUAUUCCAUUAACUGUCUUCAUCAGUCGAUGGUAUCGUGAUUAUAAAAAUCGUAAUGGACAAAAUGGAGCUGAGGAACUUCUUGCUCCACAUAUGCUUCUUAUGUUACUCCUCGUUGAACACUCAAUAAUGGCCAAUCCUCUAGUCGCUGCGCUCGGUCCAGUAGGUGGUCUUGCAGCAUGUGCUUGCUGCUUAAUUAUUGCUGCUAUUUGGGGUCUUUUCGCCACCAUGAUUGCAUUGGCAGUAUAUACUAAAGAAUGGCGAGAUGCCAUCCGAAGAGCCAAUAACAUAAGUGGUGCUGGAGAUGUACAAAUGUUCUUUAGCCAUGCUCUACUCCUCUGCAUCCUCUGCAUAUAUGGUUAUGUUGGACUUCGACGAGCAAUCCGCUCAGCUAAUUAA